AUGACCGAAUGCAACUUCCUACGGCUAUCACUGAUCCCAUUGGACAAGAUUUUCGCGGACCUCGAUGUUUAUGAGACGUAAGCUGUCUAUCAUUUAUUGAAAAACAAGAAUAAUUUUACUGCAGAGUACAAUUCUCGUUGCUUUCGGAAAGUUGUCGUCAAGCAGUGGCGAUUUCGAGAUUAAAAGGAUCACUUGCUCUUUCUUUUUGGGAUCUCAAGAGGGCAUGGAUCUCCUUCUCGUUCGAUGGAGACAGCCGAAAUAGUUUUACUCUUAAAUUUGAAAUCAAGUCAUCGAAAGAACGUCGAAGAUAUUUUCGUCAAAAUGCAAGUACAAAGUUUGAAGUAUGCGGAGUACCAAUAGCAAUGACUGAGAACUCGAAGGGACAAACGUUUACGGCAUACUAUACGCAGCGCAUAGACCCGAUGAAACUGUUCCAUCUGUUUGCUCGCCAUUUCUUGACCACUUUUGUUGUCACGGACUUUGAGGUGACCACGAUGCUGAUAAGGGAAAUCGACUUCUACAACUGUUUCAUUUGGAAUUAUACCAACAAGUUCAGCAACUUUUCAAUAUAUUGGCCUGGCAGAAAAAUGACACGGAAGGAAAUGAUGUGGUUGUUGGAAGAUGACAACAUCGAGAAAUUAACUAUAUUAGCGGACUGUAAGCCUGGAUUCCAGUACUGGAGACAAUUGAAGAAGAAAAGUCUAACUGUGAGUGACGGAAAUUGGCUAACACUGGAUACUAUUCUCAACAUGAAGACCGUUGAACUCAUUGCGUAUGAAGUGAAUCUGACUGACGACGACAAAGUGGCUAUUGUGAAUGCGUGGUUGGAAGGGAGGCUCAAUCAUGUGAAAACGAUUGCCUUCUGGGAAUCGAAACAGCGCUACUCCAUACGACAGUUCCAAUGGAGAGAACAUAUAUCGGACCCAACACUGCUAGAUCUCUAUCCAGCGGAUUGCUUGACAGAAUACUACAAUAAGUUUGUUAUCAAAAUGUGCGAUUUUUAUUGAAACAUUUUCAGAGAAAGUCCUCUCCACACAAAGUGGUUGAUUACUCUCUGGAACCCUCUACUUGAGAAGUAUGCAAUUCUUGAGGAAGUGGAGCACUUUUUCGGCUUUGAAGUCUUGUCAUGUGAGCGACGCCAUGAUUUGGAUUAA